GAUGCCCAAUGGGCUACUUGUUUUUCACUCCAUUGUCGGGCGGUGACAUGGAGGUGUGGGUCGGCAGCCAAGCCAUUAUAAGUAUGGUGGAGGCAUAUUCUAGUACCCAGUUGAUCUCCCUCCACCUGAUCCUGACGCCUAUAUAAGCACCCACUGCAGUCUGUUCCGUUCAGACAAGGACACCAACUACAAGAUCAUCAUACAAUUUGGCUUCGCUUUCAAGCUUCAAGAGUGAAUUGAGAACUUGAGAUAUAUUAUCAAGAUGAAGCUUGGGAGCCAAAGGAGAGGAGGAGGCUUCAGCAAGGUUAUCAAGGAGCAGAGAUCGAGGCUCUACAUCAUCUCGCGAUGCGUCGUCAUGCUCCUCCGGUGGCAUGACUGAAGCUUUGUGUUUGGGCUAUGAAACAGUUUUGGCUCUUGCUUUCGUCUUUCUUUUGCUAUGUCGUUUUCCCUACUACCAGAAUGGUAUUGUAGAGAUUGUACAGACACAGAUCCUUGUGGCCGAUGUUCCUUGUAUCAAUUGAUAUACGCAGAUCUGUUCCCCAUUUUUCGGUCUGCCUCCUUCAUUUGAUGUGCGCAUGAAUGUCGGUUUUUCCAGGCGU